CCUGACCCCCCCUGCAUGACCAGAGCCCCCCCAAGGGCACCGCACUGUCCCCUACAUCCCUCUGGGAUCCCCCUGUGCCAGGCGCCGUGGCUGUGCCCCUUCCCCGCGGGCACCGGGCUCUCCCCGUUGCGUCCCCGGGGACACCCCCACACCCCCACGGGGACAAGUGACAAUGACCCCGGGGGGUUGCGGGAGAGCGGCGAGCCCGGCUGUGCCCCCUCGGCCCCCCUCGCCCGGCGCGGGGUGGGGGUGCCAGCUGGAAGCUAUUUAUUAACCAGUCAUGGUUAAAUUGGUUUAUAAAUUAACAGAUGUUUUAACUUUAUUCUUUCUUCUGGGAAUGGAGGCAGCAAACUGGUCUGUGCUGGCGGCCGGGACCCCCCCGGGGGGGGGGGUCAGCGAUGGGCUGGGGGGAGCGGGGCUGGGAGCCCCCCUUCAGCCCACCCUGGCAGGGCUCCGUGGGAGCCCCAGGAUGAGUUUUGGAGUCCCACCUCCGCAGGAAAGGGGGAGGGUGGGGCUUCAGGCUGUGGAGGGCACGUCCUACAGGUGGGUAAACUGAGGCACAUGAUGUCCGCCAGGCAGAGGAGACCCCCUGGCUGCCUCUCCGAGUCUCCCCACUGCACCCCUUCCCUCCUGGAACCCUCCGGACCCCCCACAUUCCCCCUUUAUCCUCCCCGUAUUCCCCCACAAAAUUCCCCCCUCCAGGGUUUUACCCAUCCAGCCCCUCCCGGGCCAGGCACACCCUGGCACUGGGCUCUGUGUGCAGGAACCCCCCCGAACCAGCGCAGCCCCCGCUUAGGUGUGUGCCCACCCCGGGGGAUGUUGCCCCAGGACCCCCCAGUGCCCCCAGCCCCCGAUCCCACCCCGUGGUGUGGGUGUGAGGCUUGGCGUGGGCCAGUGGCCGGUGGCCAGUGGCCGGUGGCUGCCAACCAGGACGGCUCCAGCCGCGGCUCCGCUCCGGCCACCCCGUGCCAAAGCCCUUGAGCCGCUGCCCGGCCCACGCGGCCGUGCCAGCCCCGGGUGGCCGUGCCAGCCUGGCCAUGCCAGCGUCGGGAGUGACAUCUGCCACCGCGUGCCGCGGAGCCGACGGGCACACGGGGCUGGUGAGGGCACCGAUGGCACCAGGACCAGGCACAGCCCGGGGGGAGCCGCGAGGACGCAGCCCCCUGCCCACCCUCUUGGGGAUUCAGGGAUGGGACUCCUCCUCGUCGUGCUGGGGACACGGCCACCCCUGUCCUGCCAGGUGUGGGGACACAACGCCCCAUCCUGCCGGGAACACAGGGACACAGCCCUUCCUCGUGCCAGCGUUGAAGCCCCCGCAUUUUUCCAGGGAUAGGGGGCUGCAGAGCCCCCCACAUCGCGCUGAGGACACGGGGUUGGAGCCCCCCAGUCGCGAUGGGCUAUAGAGGUGCAGCCCCCCAGUUCUGCCAGCGCUGGUCAGUGCCUCAGUUUCCCCAUCGCACCCCCCAGUGCUGCCCAGUGCCCCUGAGUGGCGCACUGGGGUGCUCCUUCCCCAGCCCCUCUGAAGCCCCAUUUAGGAAGGGUCCCUCCCAGGUCCCCCCUUCCCCUCUGCAGCCCCCCGGGAUUGUCGCUGAGGGGGUUCCCAGCAGCGAAGGGGUUAAGCCCCCUGCGCGCCCCCCCACCUUUCCACCGCCCCCUCGGGCUCCCACGCGUGCUCUGCUCCCACGCGUGUUCCCACUCCCAGCAUCUCCUCUGCGCCCGGGGGAGCACCGGCCCCCACCCGCCGCCCCCGCUGCAGCUCCUGGGGGGCGGCUGCACCCACGGAGGGGUCUUGGGGUGCAGGGGGGGUCUCGGGGGCUCGGUCCAAGGGCAGCUGGAAGGGGACACACGGGAGCGGGGUGAGGGACACCCCCGCAGGGCCGGGCGGGGGACCCGGAGGGGAACACCGGGGUGAGGGGCACUGAGGGGGGGUCUCGGCACCCCCGCCCAUUCUGUGGCCACGCCCCCUCGCUGCACAGGCCCCGCCCCCCUGGCACUCACCCUCGGACCGGGCGGUCGUCCCGGUGUGUUUGUCCCCACGAUGCGCUGUCCCCACAGGGCCCUGUCCCUACGAUGUCCUGUCCCAGUAAUGUCCUGUCCCCGUGGCACCCUGUCCCCACAAUCCUUUGUCCCUGAUGUACCCCAUCACCACGACACUCUGUCCCCAGCACACCCUGUCCCCACGAUGCUCCAACCCUGGGACACUUCGUCGCCAUGGGACCCUCCUGGGGACGAUGCUCCACCCCCAGCACACCCUGUCCCCACGAUGGUCCAUCCUGGGGCAUUUCUUCCCCAUGGGAUCCUGUCCCCACGGUGCUCCACCCCCAGCAUACCCCGUCCCCGUGGUGCUCCAUCCCUGUGGCAGCCUGUCCCCGUGGCACCCUAUCCCCACCAUGCUCCGUCCCUGGUGUGCCCCACCACCACGGCGCUCUGUCCCCAGCUCUGUCCCCAUCUUGUCCCCACGACUGUCCAUCCUCACACCCCUCUGCCCCCGUGACACCGCGCCGCGUCCGUCCCCACGGCUCCGCGGUGGGCGCAGGCUCCGGCUCCUCGCCGGUGCCCGCUGGCGGGGGGCGAGCGCUUCUUCCCUCAACCUGCUGCUAUUUUUACUCUCUCUGCGGGAGGAUUCGCUGCUGCGCGGAGCUGCAGCCCCCGCGGCACCGCGGCACGGGCACGGGGACGGGCACGGCACGGGGACGGGCACGGCACGGGGUGCCCACGGUACUGUCCCGGCGACGAGCGGGGCCAUGUGUGCCACACGUGUGCCUAGAAGGUGCCCCCGUGUUCCAGGCCCGGUGCGGCCCCCCCGUGCCACGCUGCAGGUGCCACCCGCGGGUGACGGUGCGUGGGCGCGGGCGCGGGCGGCGCGUGCCGAUCCCGGGGGGCUGCGGGUGCCGGCGCUGCCGCAGCGCAGGGAGGGGAGGGGGCCCGGCCACCCCCUCACACAGCGUCUUCGUGGGUGGGAGAAGCGGGAACAGCAGCGGGAUGGAGCCCGGGAACCUGUUGCCAUAACGACUCCGGUCCCGGGAUGGGGACGGUGCUCAGAGCCUGGCACGGGGACACCCGGCACGGGGACACCCGGCACAGGGCCAGCCAGGGCGCAGGGUGACCGAGGGCCCCUCACCUUGUCGCCAGAUUUUGGCCUUCCUGAGGACACUGGGCUCUGCUGGUGCCUGUCCCUGUUGUGUCCCCAGCCGGGUGGUCACUGUGCUGUGCCACAGGGAUAAGUUUGUCACCCAGAGCCAGGUUUUGUCACCCGGAGCUGGGCUUUGUCACCUAGAGCUGGGCUUUGCCACUCAGAGCCGAGAUUUGCCACCCAGCGCCAAGAUUUGUCACCCAGAGCCGGGCUGUGCCGUGUUUUGCCGAGCUUUGCUGCGUGGUGCCGGGCGGGCGGGAGGCUGGUCCAUGGCUCGGUGCCACUCGGAGGCGGCUUCCAUCGACACCGCCCCGGGACAUCCCAGGAGGGGACGAGCCGCCGCUCCGGCUGCUGGCGACCCCGCUGUCCCCCUGCAUGGGGACCCCCCGGUUGUGCCCCCUCGGUGGGGUCUGGAGAGGUGCCCUCGAUGUCCCUCGGUCCCUGCCUGGAAUGUGCAGCUCUGGUGCCGAGCGUUGCCCUGGGGGAUGGACCCCCCGCUUCCCCAGGGGGAAAAUUUUGCGUCCCGUAGGAUUUUCUAUGGGGGAAAUCUCCAAAAGCUGGGGAAGAGCCAGGGCAGGUGGGCACAGCCCUGGGUGAAAACACAGCCACCCACCCCCGGCAUCCCGGAGGCUGCAGCUGGGGGUGGGGGGGACCCCCGGCACACAGGCGAUGUUUCGGGACUCCCGUGUCCCCACGGAUGUCCCCUGUGCAUAUCCCCAGAGUGGUGUCCCUGUCCCGUGUGGCACAGAGUAGCCGGGGGGCUGGAGGGAAUUUUGCCGCUGCCCACACAGGGGUGGGAGCGGCUAUCCCCCUGUCCCCUGCCCCCCCACCUCUGGGGAGACUCAGGCACAAGGGACAGGGACACAUAUGGAGUCACCCGUCCCUGUCCCAUCCCAACCGGCCACUGCAGCCGGGGUCCCCCAUGGCAAGGAAGGGGUUAAGGACCCCCCACG